UGUCCUCUCCUCCUUCCUCCUUCCUCCGCCUCGGCCAUCUCCGAUCUCCUCCUCUCUCCGAGCUCUAACCAGCCAUCAACCGUUCUGUUUCACUACGGGUUGCAUGCAGCGGUGAAACCGGGCGGCGAUUACCGGAUCGGCGCAGCGGGAGGUCCGGGUACAGUGACCGGCCGCCGACGGAGAUGGCGCCGUUGUUUCCUGGGUGCGAUUAUAAUCAUUGGUUGAUUGUUAUGGAUAAGCCUGGAGGUGAGGGGGCGACGAAGGAACAGAUGAUUGAUUGUUAUGUCAAAACCCUAGCCAAGGUCCUCGGAAGUGAGCAAGAAGCAAUACAGAAGAUCUAUAAUGUGUCUUGUGAGCGCUACUUCGGAUUUGGAUGUGAGAUUGAUGAGGAGACAUCAAACAAGCUUGAAGGCCUUCCCGGUGUUCUGUUUGUUCUUCCUGAUUCUUAUGUUGAUGCUGAAAACAAGGACUAUGGAGCUGAGUUGUUUGUGAACGGACAAAUCGUUCAACGAUCUCCUGAAAGACAGCGGAGAGUCGAGCCAGUGCCUCAGAGAGCUCAAGAUAGGCCCCGAUACAAUGACAGGACUCGAUAUGUAAGGCGAAGGGAGAACCAGCGUAUGUGAAGUUGAAUGAAGAACAGUCGGUAGAAGAGUAUCUAUAAGUAGAUAUAAAGAUGGGGGAUUAUUUCUGAAAGUGAUACUGCUGGGGGGGCAUGUUGAUGUUAUGGCGUGUGAUUACAGUCAAUAAUUCCUUUCCCUGAUGUAUGUAGAUGUCUUGUUUUAUCACCAUCUCCACUUAAACAUUUUAGUUGAGUUUGCUUCAUUUUCUGGCGACGGAACAAUUAUCAAGUAGCGAGCAGGAUUUAGCUUGAACUCGAUGCAAAAAUGCAAAUUGUGUGUUGAGAAUA